UUUCACGUUUGGCCGGACAGUGCCUUCUUUCCUUUGCUGUAAUAAUGGCUUUAUGCCGAUUCGCUUAUUCUCCUGUCAACCAUAUUUUUUUCCCGAAAUACCCUCCCCAAAACGUCAAAUUCCCCUCUCUACCCCUUUCUGCACUCUCGUGUUCUUCUUCAUCAACGAUGGAAGCUCCUCCCGAAGGAUACCGCAGAAACGUUGGAAUCUGUCUCAUCAAUAGCCACAAAAAGGUUUUCGCGGCUUCAAGGCUGGAUAUUCCCAAUUCAUGGCAAAUGCCCCAGGGUGGUAUUGAUGAAGGUGAGGAUCCUAGAAAUGCUGCAAUUAGGGAACUAAGAGAAGAGACUGGAGUUAGUUCAGCAGAAGUAAUUGCAGAGGCACCUUUCUGGUUAACUUAUGACUUCCCACCAAAAGUCAGGGAGAGAUUAAAUAUUCAGUGGGGAACUGAUUGGAAGGGACAGGCACAAAAAUGGUUUCUUUUUAAGUUCACUGGACAAGAUCAAGAAAUCAAUCUUUUGGGUGAUGGUACUGAGAAACCUGAGUUUGGGGAAUGGUCAUGGAUAUCAGGGGAGCAAGUAAUUGAUCUUGCAGUGGAUUUCAAGAAGCCUGUCUACAAGGAAGUACUUGCUGCAUUUGCUCCACAUCUCCAAUAAUCUCAUAUCUGUUGAAAAUGUUAUGGCUUCCAAGUGAGAGUUGUCGUGGAUAAUUAUGCGGGUUGCUUUAAAAUAAUGUACCACAUUCACAGAUAACUACUGAGACAGAUAUUCUAUUGGCCACAGAGAAUGGGGAUAUUUACUGUAUUUAUAUGAGUUUGUUAAUUUUGUUUUCAAAUAUGAUACAUGAUUAUUACAUAUCACAAAGUGUAUGAGAGCAAAUUUUUUAUGAUUAA